CCGUUUCUUGUCAAGUGUGUAGAAACGUUAACCAACUUAAUUUUAAUUCUGAAUUUGCUAAUCAAUAAGAAUGGACGUGAGGCCGAACAGCACGAUUUACAUAAAUAAUUUAAAUGAGAAAGUUAAGAAAGAAGAAUUGAAGAAAUCCCUGUAUGCAAUUUUCUCUCAAUUUGGCCAAAUUUUGGACAUAGUGGCUUUGAAAACAUUGAAAAUGCGAGGACAAGCCUUUGUCAUUUUCAAGGAAGUUACUUCAGCAACAAAUGCUCUAAGGGGAAUGCAGGGCUUUCCUUUCUAUGACAAACCAAUGCGCAUACAAUAUGCCAAAACUGACUCAGAUGUAAUUGCCAAAAUGAAGGGAACAUUUACAGAGCGGCCUGCUAAGCCCAAACCUGAAGGAGAACCAAAGAAAAAGAAAAAGAAGGAAAGCAAACAACAAGUGGUUGUUCCUGGUAGUUUUGGUGGCCCAGCUGCUUAUGGAUAUCCAGCAGUUGGAGGGGCUGGAGUGCCUGAACAACCUCCUAAUCAAAUUUUGUUCUUGACUAAUCUACCAGAAGAAACUAAUGAAAUGAUGUUGUCCAUGUUGUUCACACAAUUCCCAGGAUUCAAAGAAGUUCGUUUGGUUCCCGGACGUCACGAUAUCGCGUUCGUUGAAUUUGAAAACGAAGUACAGUCUGCUGGAGCGCGAGAAUCCUUGCAGGGUUUCAAAAUCACUCCAACACAUGCCAUGAAGAUUUCAUUUGCCAAAAAGUGAUUUCUCCAUUUAUUGAGUCAAUGUUUAAAAGCUUUCUGUUAAACUGACUGAUUUAUGCGAAUACAUGCAUUGCACCCAUU